AUUUUGAAUAUUUCUGUUAAUGAGUUUCCUGUACUCAGCCAUUUUAAGCUUGGAUACGUUCCAAAAUAAAGUUGUAGUCAUCCCUCUUUCUAUGAUGUUACAUGUAUAAUCAUACAUAAUUUGUAUUUAAGAAGAAUAGCCUAUAUACAUUAUACCUGUAAACCUGUUCACCUCACAUUUCUGUAGACACUAUCUGUUUAUCCGUAAAUGAUAGUUCCCGAUGCUCAUCAUUUAUGUUUUUUGUUUGUCCUCUACGUAGGUAUCCUGGGAUGCCAGAGGAGGACUUUUUAAAAGCUUGCCCUGUAUGUUGUAACGUUUGCAACUGCAUAGCAUGUUUGCGGUUAGAUGGAUCAGUGAAACAUUUGUUGAAUGUAGAAGUGAAGUUCAGCGAUGAAGAAAAACUCGAGUACUCUAAGCACAUUGUACGAGCACUUUUGCCUGCUCUGGAACAAUUUAAUACCGAGCAAAUGAUUGAAAGGCAGAUUGAGUGUCAGAUUCAUGCAUUGCCAGAUUCAGAGAUUAAUAUACGGAAAGCAAACUACGAGAAGGAUGAUCGCAUUUCUUGUGACUAUUGCAGUGCUUUUAUUGUUGAUUUACACCGGAGUUGUUCAACAUGUUCGUAUGAACUUUGCCUUACAUGUUGCAAAGAAUUAAGGAAUGGCAACCUGCAAGCAUAUGCAUCCGAAGUGAGGAUGCAAUUAUUAACAAUGGACCAGAUUAUUUGCAUGGUAAAAGUUGUAGCAUAAUUUCAUGAAGAAUGAAACCACUGAAGCCAAGGUGGCAAUGACAUCUAAAUGGAAGUCCAUGGAAAGUGGUGCCAUUCGUUGCCCUCCCAAAGAUAUGGGAGGCUGUGGUAAAGGAACCUUACAUUUGAGAUGUAUAUUUUCUGAGAAUUGGAUAUCACAGCUGUUACUGAAAGCAAAAGAAA